AUGAGAACUGCAAAGGUCUCUGAGGAGAAGGAAACUACUCAGGUUCAGGCGGAAACUGAGCAAGGGGUUGGAGCUACUCCAGCAUCACUUUCUUCUCCAGUAGAAACAAUGCAAACGUCACAACCUAAAAGAAUUAAGUCCCUAGCUCAAAUGAGCUUUUGA